AUGUUAACCACCCUGUCUACGAUGAUGUCGCAUGGUUUCAAGAGCAGUAAGCAGGACUUCACCUUUGGACCAUGGAAAGUGACUGCUGCCAGAAAUCACAUCAUGAAAUCUAAAGACAUUGAACGGUUAGCAGAGGAGAUGAACAUGCCCUCCCUUCCAGAGAUGCUGUUUGGGGACAAUGUCCUGUGCAUCCAACACACAGACGGCUACGGCAUCGAAUUUAAUGCCAUCGAUGCCCUUAAGAGAGUCAACAACAUGGAAGAUGCCGUCAAGGUGGCCUGUGCUCAGGAAUGGCAGGAGAGCAGACUUGACUCUGAACACUCCAAAGAGGUGGUGAGACCAUAUGACUGGACAUACACCACAGACUAUAGAGGGACUCUGAUAGGAGACGGUAUUCAGAUGAAGGUGACUAAGACAGAAGAACGUAUUGACCUGGAGAAGCUGAAAGCUCGGGAACAGAUCAUGUUCUUUGAUGAGGUGCUGCUGUUUGAGGACGAGCUGCAUGACCACGGAGUCUCAAUGAUCAAUGUCAAAAUUAGGGUGAUGCCCACCAGUUUUUUCUUGUUGCUGCGUUUCUUCCUGCGAGUGGACGGAGUGCUGAUUAGAAUAAAUGACACACGACUGUAUCACGAGGCUGGAAAGGAUUACAUGCUACGAGAGUUCAGCACGAGGGAAAGCAAAAUAGCAGAACUGAAGAAUGUUCCCGCUGCACUGUACACCGAUCCUAAUGAGAUCGCCCAGCACUUAACCCUGAAGCUGACGGAGUGUGAGAAGCUGGAGUUUCCUCUGACGCAGCCUGACACAGCUGUUAAUGAAGUCCUUCAGUAACCAGUGUACUACGAGAUCCACGUUGAUGUGUUGCAUGAUGAAAACUGAGAAUGAGUCUUAAACCAGAACUGUAACAUUAUAGAAACAUAACCACAGAUCUCCCCUUUACAAUGUGCACAAGAACAGCCACAGUGGUCAUAUAUAUAAAUAUGACCACUGUGAUGGCGUGUUCUGGAAACUGCAUCAUGACUUCGAUAAUUCGAAAAGUUUAAAGGUUGAAAGUUUGAGUGUGCAGCUUGAUGCUCUGUAAUAUCACUAAACUUUAACCCCUGUAAUUACUUUGGUCUAGUUUCUGGCUUUGUUCAUAUUUAUGUUUUAUGAUACAUUUUUACGGUCAAGUUGAUCUGCCUUUUAACAUAAGUCUUGGAAGGGUAGCUGUUUCCAUGCUUGUAAUAUUAGUAUAUUGAAAGUGUUAUGUCAGUGUUUGUAAAAAAAAUUAAAUAAAUAAAAAAAAAGCUACACAAACAGCACUGUAUUUUCUGAAGUCAAAGUCAUCAAGAAUUUCUGUAAAUAUGUCUACUGUAUUUUUUACGGCCACUAAUGGAAGGUGCAAAACUUUGUUUCCAUUUGUAAGUCAAACACAACAGAAUCUCUGUGAAUAUGUCUACAAUUAUGGCCAAAUAAAUUUGUUUGUGCAAAUAUA